AUUUUAGGCUUUUUUUUUUCUGCCCAUGGAUGCCGCCGAAGAAGCAUCGUUAAAGUCUCUCUUCACCCUGCCGUCAUGUCUAAGUCAGAGUCUCCUAAAGAACCCAAACAGCUGAGGAAGCUCUUCAUUGGAGGGUUGAGCUUUGAAACAACCGAAGAGAGCCUGAGGAGCCAUUUUGAGCAAUGGGGAAUGCUCACGGACUGUGUGGUAAUGAGAGAUCCAAACACCAAGUGCUCCAGGGGCUUUGGGUUUGUCACAUAUGCCACUGUGGAAGAGGUGGAUGCCGCUACGAAUGCAAGACCACACAAGGUGGAUGGAAGAGUUGUGGAACCAAAGAGAGCUGUCUCGAGAGAAGAUUCUCAAAGACCAGGUGCCCACUUAACUGUGAAAAAGAUAUUUGUUGGUGGCAUUAAAGAAGACACUGAAGAACAUCACCUAAGAGAUUAUUUUGAACAGUAUGGAAAAAUUGAAGCGAUUGAAAUCAUGACUGACCGAGGCAGUGGCAAGAAAAGGGGCUUUGCCUUUGUAACCUUUGAUGACCAUGACUCCGUGGAUAAGACUGUCAUUCAGAAAUACCAUGCUGUGAAUGACCACAACUGUGAAGUUAGAAAAGCCCUGUCAAAGCAAGAGAUGGCUAGUGCUUCAUCCAGCCAAAGAGGUCGAAGUAGUUCUGGAAACUUUGGUGGUGGUCGUGGAGGUGGUUUCGGUGGGAAUGACAACUUUGGUCAUGGAGGAAACUUCAGUGGUCAUGGUGGCUUUGGUGGCAGCCGUGGUGGUGGUGGAUAUGGUGGCAGUGGGGAUGGCUAUGAUGGAUUUGGUAAUGAUGGAAGCAAUUUUGGAGGUGGUGGAAGCUACAGUGAUUUUGGCAAUUACAACAAUCAGUCUUCAAAUUUUGGACCCAUGAAGGGAGGAAAUUUUGGAGGCAGAAGCUCUGGCCCUUAUGGCGGUAGAGGCCAAUACUUUGCAAAACCACGAAACCAAGGUGGCUAUGGCGGUUCCAGCAGCAGCAGUAGCUAUGGCAGUGGCAGAAGAUUUUAAUUAGCAAACAAAGCUUAGCAGGAGAGGAGAGCCAGAGAAGUGACAGGGAAGCUACAGGUUACAACAGAUUUGUUAACUCAGCCAAGCACAGUGGUGGCAGGGCCUAGCUGCUACAAAGAAGACAUGUUUUAGACAAAUACUCAUGUGUAUGGGCAAAAAACUCAAGGACUGUAUUUGUGACUAAUUCUAUAACAGGUUAUUUUAGUUUCUGUUCUGUGGAAAGUAUAAAGCAUUCCAACAAAGGGUUUUAAUGUAGAUUUUUUUUUUUUUGCACCCAUGCUGUUGAUUGCUAAAUGUAAUAGUCUGAUCGUGACGCUGAAUAAAUGUCUUUUUUUUUUAAUGUGCUGUGCAAAGUUAGUCUACUCUGAAGCCAUCUUGGUAAAUUUCCCCAACAGUGUGAAGUUAGAAUUCCUUCAGGGUGAUGCCACAUUCUAUUCGGAAUUUAUUUACAACCUGCUUGGGUGGAGAAGCCAUUGUCUUCGGAAACCUUGGUGUAGUUGAACUGAUAGUUACUGGUGUGACCUGAAGUUCCCCAUUAAAAGGGAUUACCCAAGCAAAAUCAUGGAAUUAUUGGUUAUAAAAGUGAUUAUUGGCACAUCUUAUGCAAUAUAUCUAAAUUGAAUAAUGGUACCAGAUAAAAUUAUAGAUGGGAAUGAAGCUUGUGUAUCAUCCAUUAUCAUGUGUAAUCAAUAAACGAUUUAAUUCUCUUGAAAAAAAAAA